AUGUCGGUCCUCCGUCCGCGGUUCUCCAUAGACGCAGGCACUUGUGUCGCCGGCGGCGCCGGCAUCGGAGAUCGUCGGAUGUCUCUCGGGACUGCAAUAGUCGAGGCCCUCAAUGGUGACUCCUGCCCCAUCGCCUCCCCGGCAUACAGGCUGGACGGCUUCGGGCGGACUGUCGCGUGCGUCGCUGCUCCAAACCCGGCGAGUAGGCGAAACAACCCUAGGGUUCCUGAUUCCACCGGGAUCAAACUGCAUGCCUGCCGGCCGGGGCCUGCUGCGUCGGUUCCCUCCGAGGUUCAGGUCAUCAGCACGGCGGCCUCCCUUCGUGGGCACGCCAGGCACAGCCUCUGGGAUGUCCAUGACCAGAAGAUGUUAGGUUCCCCUCUCUCCCGCACACUGCAACUCCAUGAUAAUCCCUCUCUCGAUCCGGCGCCUCCUGCCUGGCUGGCGGUCCAGGCGAGCAGCUUCGUCCGGCCCUCCCCGUCGCGGAUCCCGAUCCCACUGCUCCGCCCCGGUCACGGCCUCAUCUUUCCGUCCGGCCGCACCUGCUCUACUCCGGCCUGCCCGCUGCAAGCCUCGCCGGAAAUCGGUGUCCCGCGGCCGGAUCUGGCCGUCUCCGCCUUGCUGGACCCCGCCGAGCUGCUGGAGCCCCGGAUCCGUCCCCUCUCCACCCGGCCGCCGUCGCCCCUUGUCCUGCCGGCCCGCAGACCACCGGCUGCCGCCGCCCCCGGGGCUCCCCCUUUUCCGCUGACGCAGAGCGCCUCAGGCCUGCUGUUCUGGAUCGGGCCUCCUCCCUCGAGCGCCCCCGCCGCUCCUCCCUCGAGCGCCGCAGCCGCGAGCGGGCCCGGGCCCCUUCUGGAUCAUGAUUUGCCGCUCCUGCCUCGAGCGCACGAGUCUCUGCUCGAGCGAGCGAGUCUCUGCUCGAUCCCGAUCCAGUUUCCGAUUGGUUGA